CCUUCUUGUCCGUUGCAGAGACACGUGAUGAAAUCUCUGCAUGUGGAAGUGGAAUAAGCCUAUUGGCUAAUAUUGCCAGUAUCAGUUCAAGUCAUAACCUGUGUCCAUUCUCAUCCCAUAUAAUCUUUUGGCAUUCUUCUUUUUUUCUCAAUAAUCUAUACACAUUUCUGCUUUUUCGGAACAAAAAUCGAAAAUAAUUGAUGGGUUACGUCGGAAAACUAAUCAGGGGGGUAUUAUUGACCGGAAAUGGUGGGAUCCGUCGUUUCAACUCAUCGCAGGCGGCGGCGGCUGUGACGGCGAAGAUGCCUGCUUUUGAUUACACACCGCCGCCUUAUAGUGGGCCCUCUUCUGCUGAGAUCCUAAAGAAGCGCAAAGAGUUUCUUAGCCCUUCUAUGUUCACUUUCUAUAAUCACCCUCUGAACGUGGUAGAUGGGAGGAUGCAGUAUCUGUAUGAUGACAAAGGCAGGAGAUAUUUGGAUGCAUUUGGAGGGAUUGCUACCGUGUGCUGUGGUCAUUGCCACCCGGAUGUGGUCGCGGCCAUCGUCAACCAAAUGCAGCAUUUGCAGCACUCUACAAUCUUGUACCUAAACCCAGCUAUUGCUGAUUUUGCUGAGGCUUUGGCCUCUAAAUUGCCUGGUGAUCUUAAAGUUGUGUUCUUUACAAACUCCGGAACAGAAGCAAAUGAGUUGGCCUUAAUGAUGGCAAGAUUGUAUACUGGAUGCCAGGAUAUUAUAUCAUUGAGGAAUGCUUACCAUGGAAAUGCUGCUGGAACGAUGGGUACCACUGCUCAAUGCAAUUGGAAGUUCAAUGUCACUCAGACCGGAGUCCACCAUGCCAUGAAUCCUGAUCCUUACAGAGGUCUGUUUGGAGUAGACGGAAAAAUGUAUGCAAAAGAUGUUCAGGAUAUCAUCCAAUUCGGGACAUCUGGUCAUGUCGCAGGUUUCAUCUGUGAAGCCAUUCAGGGAGUUGGAGGCAUCAUAGAAUUGGCCCCUGGCUAUCUUUCUAGUGUAUAUGACAUUGUAAAGCAAGCCGGAGGACUUUUCAUAGCAGAUGAAGUUCAAGCGGGAUUUGCUCGCACUGGGAGUCACUUUUGGGGUUUCGAGAGUCAUGGGGUUGUCCCCGAUAUUGUUACCAUGGCGAAGGGUAUAGGGAAUGGCAUUCCCCUCGGUGCAGUAGUAACCACACCGGAAAUCGCAAGUGUCCUAACUCGUCGUAGUUAUCUCAACACGUUUGGUGGAAACCCUGUCUGCACUUCUGCAGGACAUGCUGUUCUCAAAGUGAUCGAGAAGGAAAGGCUUCAAGAAAAUGCUCGUGUCGUUGGUACUCAUCUCAAAAAACGACUCGCAACUCUGAUGGACAAAUACGACUUAAUUGGUGACGUGAGAGGAAGGGGAUUGAUGCUAGGGGUCGAACUAGUUACAGAUCGCGAAAAGAAAACACCAGCAAAAGCCGAGAUACUUCAUGUAAUGGACCAAAUGAAAGAAUUGGGAGUAUUGGUCGGAAAAGGAGGAUUUUAUGGCAAUGUAUUCAGAAUCACACCUGCCCUAUGCUUCACCAAGGAAGAUGCUGAUUUCCUGGUGGAUGUGAUGGAUUAUGUAAUGGGGAAAAUGUAAUUGUGAGGCAUUAUCAUUUGAAGGUGUGAAGAAGUGAUGCUAUGAGUAUAACAUGUAAUUGUUCAUUGCAUUUGGUAAAAGGUUGUGUACCAAGUCUAUAGCUUCCUAUUAGUGCAUUUAGUCAUUUUUAUCUCUUGGUGAAUUUGGGAUCGAUAUGAACGAUGAUGAGUCAACACCUCGUUGUCUCUCCUACUCUAUCAUCUCGUAAAUAUGUAAAGUUAAGACCUUUUGUUAAUGCAUCGUAACUUUCAUGGUGUAUUCUAAUAUUCAUUAUUCAAUCUUUUCAAUCAAAAAUUCGAGUGUUGUUUAACUUUUAGAAUUACAGUAAAUAUCUGACGUAUUAGUAAAGGCUAUGUUUCGC